AUGAAGAAGUACAAAAAUGUCAGCCGAUCGUGGAGAUUAAAGAAGUAUCCUGUUGUGGAGAUCAUCACGCAUAUCACAUUCUAUGCUGUUAGAUUUAUCCUUUUUCUAAUAACACGCGCAUUCUACUUUAAUCUCAAGAUUGUUACACCCAGUGCAAAGUCAGCCGCGAAUAACUACAUGGUGAACUAUACAUUUUCACUCUUCCUUUUGUACUUUGUUCUGUACUGCAUCUUUACGGAGAAUAUCUAUGGAUACUGUUUGGCUGUUGUUGUUAUGUUCCAUAACUUCGUUCUCAUGGUUGCGAUCGUGAUAACCACACACAUUGACGAUCGUACCAAGGACAACUACUGGAUUCUUAGCCUUGUGAUCUCAUCAACAUACAUUUUCGAGCUGUGCAUUUCUAUAUUUUUCAUCCGCAAAAGCAGAACUGAAAGCAACAGAGCCCUCUUCCAGAAAAUAGGUGCAGACCAGAAAAUCAAUGACAUGUAUUCAACACGGCAAAAGCUCCGAACGCUUAGCACUAUAAACAUAUUCAUUCCGAUCAUAACAGUGCAGAAAUUGUACCUUGCGCCCACACAGUUUGGACUGAAAAGCGAAACAUCUACCGCUGUGAUACUGCUUCUAACGGUAAUACAGCAUCUGUUUGUCUAUGCAAACUUCCAUCAAGAAAGCCUUGUACAAAGAAUAAUAGCAGUGGCCAUCACGAUCAUUAAAGCAGGACUUAGUCUAAAUCUUAUAAUAUUGACAGCAAUAAAAUACGCAUACCUAUUAAAUAAAGCAAAUGAUGCGAGAAUUAUAGUGUACCUCGACCUUUUGUUAAUUACACUAGUCUUUUUGUACUAUCUGUGGAAGGAUAUGAGAAAUUUUGGAAAGGGGUUGCAAAAGCAUAUCUUGUUCAGAACCAGAGAGCUUACGCUCUGA